AUGGAUGGCGGGGAGGUGUGGCCUAUGAAUCUUAAAACUAUAUUAUUAUAUUGAGUAUUUACAAUGGCAGGCAUGUUGUUGGUUUACACAAUACAGUCCAGAUUGAAUUGUAACUUUUGACAUCGACAGAUAUGUCGACAAACGUUCUCAAAAUUACAGUAAUCCAGUUUAGCUUUACAGAAAGACGGUGCAACCCAUGCAGAAAAACAGUUUAAACUGAAACUUGUUUGAAAUCGCCCCACUGAAAGUACGUAAUUAAUUCGCUCCGCUACCGUACCCUUGGACGAAAAAAAAUAGUGCCGCCAUUUUGUGUCGGGUUACGCCUGUUACUCAAAUUCGGCGUCGUUAGCCCAGUACUGUCGUACCUACGCAGUCGUAGUUGUAAUACUACACGUCGUCGCAGUUGACCACACACCGCUACGCGCGUCGUUGCGCCAUCUGAAACCCGUCGUUAUGUUACAGUACCACGACUCCGAUGAGUCGUUGUUGUGUUACGACACGUCGUAGUUGAGUUACUCCAGACUAGUACACGUCCCACUUGGGGGGGUCCUACGUUGUUGUUGGGGCUCUCGCCGCAGCGCAAACCCUACCGAAUUUGUUUCGGGGCCAACGCGGUGCCGUCGGCUGUCGGACGGCAACGCUGGGGACGGUGAUGACGGUCCCGGUGGAACGACGACGUCGUACCUAAGACGGAGAGGAUGCUGGUGGCCGCCGCACGGUGUCAAAAUGGCGGCCGGGGAGAGAGAGAGCGCAAAAAAAAAGCGUCGUGACGUAACGAGUACACGUACGGACCGACCGAGUGACUGACUGACCGACCUACAGACGGCAGCACGCUGCUAGCCUAGCCGCGGUCGGGGGAAGCAAGGAAGCAAGAUGAUGAUGAGACGCGAACAGAGGAGAAACGGCCAUCAAAUGGAUUGAGAUCACGAUGUCCGCGCGGUAGAAGCUUUUAACCGUGUGGAAGGAUGUUUUUGCGCCCGCUGGUAAAACAUCCGAAAUGCUAAAUGGUGCCAUCCCUUAGAUGCGUGGGAUGUGUCCAUGGCCUCUAAGGCGCAACAGGAAGUGAUGGUGUUUGACGACGGCCGGGCGGCCAGCCCCGCAGCUGCGCCCGAUGCCGAUUAUCUGCCUGGUCACUUUGGUCACGCGGGCCGGGGCCUGCAAGGCUCAAAUGCUUCCAAAGAGGCCGCCAUGACGGGCGAAGUUGACAUGCAGUCGGGACCGCCCUGCAGCAAGCACGCUCCCGGCAAGCCUCCCAGAGGGGAUAUCCUGACACCUGAGAGUACUUGCAGAGGCAUCCAAGUAACUCUGGACAACAACAACAUGUGGAACGAAUUCUUCAGGUGUAAAACGGAGAUGAUACUGACCAAGCAAGGCAGCCGGAUGUUUCCGUAUUGUCGCUUCCGCAUCUCUGGUUUGCAGCCAUCCGAGAAGUACGUUUUAAUGAUGGAUAUUCAGCUGGUCGACCAGAGUCGCUACACGUGGACCGGCAGCAGCUGGCAGAUGGCCGGGAAGGCGGAACACCACGUGGCAAAUUCUCCAUUCACGCACCCCGAAUCGCCCGCCACAGGUCACCACUGGAUGCGGAAUCCCGUUUCGUUUUACAAGCUGAAGCUCACCGGCAACGCGGCCGACCAGGAGGGCAAUGUCGUACUGCGCCCGAUGCAUCGCUAUAUUCCGCGUUUUCACGUGGUCCGGACGGACAAAGCCGCUAAAGACAUUGAGCUGAACGCCUCAAACGUGGCCACGUUCGCAUUUCAACAGACUGAGUUCAUGGCUGUUACUGCCUACCAAAACUGCCGGUUUGCUCAGCUGAAAGUGGACUGCAACCCGUUUGCCAAGGGACUCAGGGAGGACGGUGUCGGUUCACGAGGCCUGAAGCUCAAAUCCAACCAGGACGGAGCUGCGGCAACCGGUCCGCAGCAAGCGCCAAAGAAAAGCUUGAAGUCUCUGCUUGCAAAUCACAAAGCUCCUACUUGUCUGGAUACUAAAUCUUCGGGGGUGACUUGCAUCCAAGAAACGUCCUCUGGAUCAGCACCCAGAGUUGUGAAGAACAGCACCUGCAACUCGCAGCCGGCAGAGCAAUUAAUCGGGGACCUCAUUCGAGAGGCGCACAUUUCCUUAACGAGAUGCAGCGUGGACUCUUGCGGCGCCUCCAAAAGACUGACGGAAACCGACACUCCAACGACCGCAGGGAAAGCCGCAAGCCAAGAUGCUCACAAAGCAGACGAGAAGUCUCCCAAGUCCUCUAGGGAGCUUCCACCGGCGGGAACGAGCGAGGCUGCGCAAGGAGCGCUUGUUUCUGAGCCGAAAUGUCAGUCCGAGGUCCAGCAAACGCCGAGCGUUAAACGGCCCCUUCCUCUGCCGGCCUUGGCUCUGUUCUUGAAAAAGCAUUCCACUAAGACCAAGACGGCCAAGAGCAAAUUGGAAUCUUGCGCCACCACGCAGGUUUCCGCAGAGGUUCAAACCGCAACGAGGACCGCUUUGGAUAUUCAGACCAUCAACGCGUCGUCUGGUUCGAAACCUGAAAACCGGGAUCCUACCCCGAGCGAAUCGGACGCAUUGAGUGCAGAUGUCUUGAGGAAAGAACAUAUCUCGAGCCCGUCUUCUAAAGAGACCUCGCCGGAUCCGAAACCGUUGGCGACGUUUGAUCGCGUGCUGGUUUGUUCAGCUCCUGAGCCGGCGAAAGCGGUGCUGGCCAACCACAAGACUCGUACUUGUUCAACUCUUACUACCUCAUCUUUGUCUCCACUGUUGAACUCUGAAUUGGAUGCCGCCGACGUGCCAACCGCACUCCCCUCGGCGUCCAAGUCGAGUCAUUUUCUUCCCGACUCUCCCUGUUCUCCGUUUGGCUUUGAGUCCCUGUCCCCGGUGAGUUCACCGGAGCCGCUGCCUUCCCUGUCCGUCACCUUUGCAAUGGAUCUGGACUCUGGCUCCUCCAAGCCUCCCGAAAGUUUGCCGCUAAGCAAAGAGUCUGGCCCAUCGGUUUUUCAGUGGCAUACGGUGUUGCCUCCUGCGGAGCCCUACGUGGACCCUUCCUUUGAAGUGUUCCAGCCCGCAUCGCAGAGUCUUUCGCUGGGGUCCCCCUUGUUGCCUUCCGAAACUCCAGCCAACGAUCCGUCCCGCUCUCCCGUCCUGAUGCAUUCUGAUUCCCCGACCGUGGAUCCUCUCUCUUUUCAAGAGAGCGAACAGCCGCUGCCUUUCCCGGGAGAACUGUCUCCCCUCGCGCUGCCGUUGGCCCUGUCGCCAACGUUUUCCUCUUUGGACGGUGGCGCUUUGUCCCCGACGCCUUCCAUUGCGGACUUGGUGCACUUCUUUUCGACGGAGGAGCAUCUCGGAAUGGGAGUGGAGUUUCCCAACGCCGAUUCGCCGACCCCUCCCUGUCCGGCCGACGUUUCUGGGGAAGCCACUGCAUCGGCUCCUGUUGCGCACGUCCCGACGAUCCCAUCCCCGAAACAAUUGAAGAGCAAAAGGAAGGCUCGGCGGCGACAACACGCCGUGUCCGAUUUGGAACCGAAGACGGACGACUCGGCCUACGUGACCAUGAAGCCGAACCUGGAAGAAGUCGAGGAGCAGCUAUUUAUCUCUUUCACCUCCAAGGAGGCUCUCAAACUUCAUAUCGCUGAGCCCGAAGAGCAGGAAGCAAACAACCGGCUUGUGUCGUCGCCGGCAGAUGUUCACCCGGAGCAUCCGACGGAAGAUGGCCCCCACGAAGAGACAAUUGCUUCCUUUGAGGAAGUUCUUGUCAAAGACAUGAAGAUGAUGAAGCACCAGCAGAUCAUCCACCCGGUGCUACAGGAGGUUGGACUGAAGAUGAAUUUGCUGGACGCCAGUCUGUCCAUCGACCUGCAAUACUUGGGCGUCCGUCUGCCCAUCCCCCCUCCGGGCGUCACCGUGGAGCCCCCCGGCCAGGAGCUCCCGGCGUUACAGGGUGCUUCUGGAUCGUUUGUGUCCAGAACUGGCAAGGCUACCGAUGUGACGCAGAUUAAAGGUUGGAGAGAAAAGUUCAGCCCAUCGGAAUCCUCAGAGGCUCUUUCGCCUCCCAAGGCCGAAGCAGUGUCUGUCAGCUCGGAGCAGACCAAGAAGAACUUGUCGGCGUUCUGCAGCGACAUGCUGGAUCAGUACCUGGAGAGCGAGGCCAAGCUGAUCGACCAGCGCGUGGCCAGUUUCUCUCAGCCGCCGGCGGAUUCGCUGCCCGUCUACGAGCUUCCCACCAGCAGCAGCAGCUACGUGCGCACGCUCGGCAGCGUCCUCAAGAAGCAAAGCGCCGCCUCGCCCGCCUCGGACCUCAUCAGCGGCUUCAUCCCGCCCUCCAAGAGAGCCAAAGCCCCGUCUAGGCAGAACAAGCCCUGCAGGAAAGUUGAAAGGAAGCCAAAGAGUUCAAAGUCUUGGGCUCUUCCUGGUACUGCGGCGUCUUUCCCGCCAUUUCCCACUUUGCCGGAUGCCCCCCAGACUCCGACGCCCCUCACGGAACCUCCGAAACCAAAGCAAACUCCGCCCGCGGUCUGCCCGAUGGCGGGCGCGCCGACCCCUUCCCCCGCGCAGUCCCCUCCUCCGGAGAGGCGGAAGAGAUUCAAACGGAAGCAGUCGAACCCCGAAGCGGGUGCCGCCGACCUUUCGGGUGUCCUGAAACCGCCGAUGACCCGAGGCCUGCUGAGGCAGAAAGACCUGGAGGACGGCGCCAUGUGGGCCGGUCAUCCUCGCGUCUACAUCACGGAGGAGAGGGCCGCCAUCUCGCUGACGUCGCUUUUCACCUUGAAGGGUUUCGUGAGCGACAACCCCACCGCCCCCAUCCAGCUGUCUCGCAGGCCCGAGCCAGCCUGCCUCAACGACUUCUGCCGCCUGGGCUGCGUCUGCUCCAGCUUGGCCCACACGGCCCGAGUCAGCCACUGCGGGCGGCCGCGGUGCAUGCUGGGUUGCAGCUGCCUCAAGCAGAAGGUGGUUCUGCUCAAAAACCUGGACGGAUCCGAUUCCAGCCCCUCCAGCCACGGCAGCGGCAAAAGGAAGAAGAGGAAGAGGAUGAAAAUGGCCUACAUACUCAAGGAGGCGGAGAGCGUCUCUCAGCCCGCCGAACGCAUCCGGACGCUCUGGAAGAGGGACAGCGAGGACUGCGAACUGGAGGCCACCCACGUCCCACAAGCUUCCGCCAUGUCCUCCCGCAUCGCCUCGUCUGGAUUAUCGUCCAAGAAAGCCAAAGCCAGAAACGACGCCGGCAGCUGUGCCCGAGUGAGAAGAUUUGUGGGAAAGUCCGGAACGGCGCAGCGGAAGCCAUACAGGAAGCCCAAACGUUGCAAGAUGAAAUGUGGCAAAAAACUCCCAAGUCUGCAUCCCGAAGGAACGCCGGCCGAGCCGCCGACGUCCGACACACCGACGUCCGGCCCGCCGACGUCCGGCCCGCCGACGUCCGGCCCACCUCCGAACCUUCCGGAGGAGACGAGGGCAUCCAGACGUCUGACCAUCCUCACCGAGGGUCGCUGGACCUGCGACGAGGACCGCGAUCACGUGCUGAAGAUGCUGUGCGAGGCCAUGGCCCAGGACCGGCUGGGAAAACCCUUCCGGGCCCUGAAGUACCAGGUCAAUCCCAUCAGUCAGACGGUGGAGGACAGCGGCACCAUCCACUACAAAGUUCUCAUCAGCAGACAAGACGGAGCUCAGCAGGGCGAGCAAAGCCAACUAUCGCCGGAGGCGGAGCCUGUGGAAGCCUGGCAACGCGAGGUCACCGAGGAGGAUUUUCUGGAGGACUUGCCUCGGGAGCUUGACGAAAAUGACGCGGAGGAGGACGCGCUGGCGCAUGCUUGGAGCCAGCAGGCGGACGAGAGCCGCGGCGGCUUCCGGGUGCCUCUGCCCCUCCUGAACGGCGUCUCGGCCGCCGGCUUCCUUUCGGCCAGUAAGAAGCGACCGGGAGGCGGGGACCCCAUCCAGGUGAAUGGGAAAAUGUAUCCUCUGGCCAAGAUCCUGUUGGGCGAAAUGGGGGCCCUCCACCCGGCCAACCGCCUGGCAGCGUAUUUGACCGGCCGCGUGGCGCCCACCAGGAAGCGGCGAGUUAUUCCCGCCUUACCCGAGGCCCGGCGGAUGUCCUCUCCCUGCCACGAGCUGACUUACCCCACCGCCACGUCCACGUCCACCACCACGUCCACGCCGACUGCCGCCUUAGCGUCAAGCGCCACGUCGGCAUCCACCGCCGCCUCCACGACAACCGUCGGCUCCACGUCAGCCGCCAUUUCUCCGGCCCCCGACGCCCCCGCGCUGUCGACGGCCGCCUCCACGGCAGCCGCCACCCCCCCGGUCCCCGCGCUGGCAAGCGGCACCUCUUCGUCCGGCCCCACUCUCACUUGCUAUUUGGUCCCACCUCCUCCUCCAGGCCCCCGCGUCACGCCUCCGCGCCCGUCCCACUCGGCGGUGCCCACGCCCUCCACGGUCAAGAUGAUUCUGCGGCAGGUGCAAAGUCCGACGGGCGUCCGCUACUACCGCAGGCCGGACGGCAAACUGGUCCAGCUGAUCCCCAUCAGCCAGCUGAGGGCGGCCGCCCCCAACAAGACGGGUUCCCCCGGUGUCCUCGGAGCUCCUUCUCUGGCGGCUCCCGCCGGCCGCCUCGCCGGCCCGGUGCUCCCGAGCCCCGCCUCCGCCCUUUCCGGCUUCAAGUCGUUCACGGUGAACCGCUCUCUGCCGGUCCUCGCCGACUCCUCGUCCUUGAGUCGAGCCUACGGAAGCGCCCCAGCCUCCCGCGCACCGGAUCACCUUCCCGGCGGGCCGAGCGCCCCCGCUCCCGCCAAAGAAAGCGUCCCCGUUGUUCCCGACUUCGUCAUUUCAGAAGUCCGCAGCGCGCAAGCGCGGUCCAACCUCUCGAAUAACCCAAAAGACGCAAGCGCGCCGACCCCCGGGGGGGCUCCCGCGGAGUUGGGAGUCUCGCCCGCGCCGACUUCGUUAUCCGGAGGGCCGGAGCCCGCCCGGGACCUGGCGGACCUGGACGUGGUCUGCAUCGUGGACGACGAGGGCGACCUGCGGGCCCCCCGGCGCCCGGUCCGCACCAUCGACCUGCUGGACUCGUCCAGCGACGAGACGGAUCACUCGUCCGACUUGACGGACGAGUUCAGCGACCAGGAGAGGAGCCGCUCCGUGGAAAGUAAGCAGGUCCACAACGCUUUGGAGAGGAUGCGGCGGCACAGGAUGUCGCUGAUGGUGACCAAGUUGAAGAAAGAACUGCGGCUGGAGCGCUCGGUGUCCACCGCCGCCACGUUGCGCGAGGCCGUUCAGGAGAUCGAGGCGCUGCGGGCCAGCGAAAAGCAUCUGAGGAGGGAGAAGAUGGCGCUGAGCAGGAAGAGGAAGCGCUUGAUGGCCAUGCUCGCUCCCCCCGCAGGCGAACUCCGCCCGGAAGAAGUCGCCGAGACGAUGACGCCGCCCAAUAGAAGAAACCGCGACCUUGGGCUCUCCGCCUUGGCUUCCCCCGAGCCCCGUCCCGCGUCCCCGCCCUCCUCCGAAGCGGCCCUUCGGCGGUCAACGCCGUCUUCGGGCGACGACGUCGUAUUUGUUUCCUGCGCUCAGAAGCCGCCAAAGGAACAAGCUCCGCCUCCUCCCACCCCCGUCCCGCUCGCCCCGGCCCCUCCCUCGCUUAGAACCGCAGCUGUCAAUCAGCCAAAGUUAGCCACGCCCACCGCCUCCCCCUCGCCGCCAGUGAUGAGGAAUCGAUCCAAGACGGUGCCCAAUAUCCUGUCUCGGUGCAAGAGCCUCCCCCCCGUGCCCGCGGCGACUGGCGACCCCGACGGCUUCCGGGCCAUCCUGCCCGCUGAGCUUCUCUCGGUGGUGGGGGGCGCCUUUCCGGGGCAACCCUUCCUGACUCUCACCCCGCUAAUGACGGAUUACACGCCACCGCCCGCGUCUUCUUCAGCGACAACAGUCGAUGCCCCGAACAGCUCGUUCCCGUUGACUCCUGCCGCGACGCCGCUGCCGGCGCCGCUACCCGAGUCUCCGUCCCCCACAUCGUCCUCCAUUCUGCCUGCCGUCAGCCCGACGGUAUCGCGGUCGGCGUCGCCUUUGGAGCGUCAACCCGCCCCCAAGGAAGAGGCUACGGGGCUCAACGGCCACGCGCUGGCCCCUCCCCCGCUGCUGCACAUGAAAGCGGGCGGGGGUCCGGCGGAUUGCCCGCCCCCCGCCCAGCCGCCGGCACCGCAGACGACGCCGGCGGCGGAGGGCGUGUCGUGGCGGCCCAUGCCCAGGUUGGUCCCGCUGGGCCUGCGAGGGGCCCCGCCCACGUGAGGACCGCCACAGCAGUUGACUUUGAAACCUCUCAAUGAAACUUUUGUUUAUCCCCGAAUUUUUUAUUUUUCUACGUUGUCAUUGCAUCAGAGACAUCUGCAACACUAAUUUAAAUAAAGUCCGAGCACAUCUGUUUUA